CUCAAACGAUAUGAGUGAGAGUGAGUGAGUGAGUGAGAGUGAGACGAUUACAUAAUCUUGAAAAAAAAUGUAUGGAAAAUUUUCAGCUCAGUGUUGGAAAAAUUUUGAUAUAGAGGAGGUAAGAUCAAAGUGAAGAACUAGGUGUAUCAUCAUAAGAAUUAGACUUAUAUAGGCAAAUAUGGUCAAUAAACAAGGUAACAAGAAAUAUCAAGCACCAACAGCCACUUCAAUUAAUGUUGAAUCAAGUGUGUUAUUAUCAUUAAUUAGACAUACUUCUGAAAAUUAUCCAUCACUCUUUUCUGGAACUUUAUUAGGAUUUGAAGAUGAUGAAGGUUCAAUCGAUAUAACUCAUGUAUACCCAUUCCCAUACCCUGAUCAAUAUGAAGGAGGAUCAUUUAAAUCAAGAAGUGGAGCUAAAUAUCAAGAUGAAAUCUUAGAAAGUUUAAAGAAAUUAGGUUAUGGAGUUGAAUUUCAAGGUUGGUUUCAAUCUACAGUAUCAGGUAACUUUGUUACAACUCAAUUAAUUGAAGGAUUAGCUCAACAACAAUUACUUAAUAAAAAUUCAUUCAUUAUAAUUCAUAAUUUAUCAUCUAUUAAUAAAGAAGUUGAAUUAAAAGCUUUAAGAUUAUCAGAAGGUUUUAUUGGAGCCUAUUUAGAUGGUAAAUGGAAAUCAAAAGAUUUAGAAUCAAACAAAAUUUCUUAUUUAAAUAUCUUUGAUGAAUUACCAAUUAAUAUUCAUAAUCAAAAUUUGAUUAAUUUAUAUUUAUCAAAUUUACAAGAUUCUACCACUACUGUAGCUAAUACCAAUGAAUUUGAAGUUGUUAAUUUAUCAUCAAAUCAAAAUGUUACUGCACAAUUAUUAGAAUCAUUAUAUAGUCAGGUUGAUUCAUAUAAUUAUGAUCAAAAUAAUUUCAAUUAUUAUCAAAGACAAAAUCAAAAGGAAGUUAGUAAAGUUACUCAAUGGAAACAACAAAGAAAAUUAGAAAACUUGGAAAGAGCUAAAAGAGGUGAAUCAGAAUUAGAUCCUGAAGAAUGGAAAUCUAUCUUUAGAUUCCCAAGUGAACCAUCUAGAUAUAAUAAUAUAUUACAUAGUCAUGCUAUUGAUGUAUUGGCCGAUGAUAUUUUAAAGAAAUGUGAAGAAGACUUAACCAAGAGUCUUGCUAUUGAAAGAAAGUUAAUUUCUGAAAAUUAGUUUUAGUUAUUCAAUUCCAUUUAAUUUGUAUAUGUAUUUUUAGCGGUCAUUUUAUGUAUAAUAAAAUUUAGUCAUUAUCAUCAUCAUUUCCAUUUAAACAUUUGUAGAAUAUUUCAAGAUCAAUUUUUAGAAUAUUAUUAAAUUUCGUAGAUUU